GACGGCGUUGUUAUGGCGGAGUACGGACUCAGUUUUGAGAGUACAAGUAGCAUCGAUGAAAGAAAAGAAAAGAAACGACAGGCACGACAAGAGGCGCUAGAGAAGGCCAAGCAGCAGUAUGACAAGGAACAGAGGAGGAAGGAGCUGAAAAGGCAGAGAGGGGAGGACACUUGGAUGCUCCCUGAGGUCAACGAGAGGCUGCAGCAGAUAGAAGACGAGGGUUCUGUCAAGAGCAAAAAGAAGAAAGAGAAGAAAUCAAAAAAGAAAAAAGAGAAGAAGAAGAAGGCCAAGAAAGAGAAGAAGGCGGCAGAAACAGGAGAUGGCUCAAGUGACAGCUCACAGGACUCUGAAGAUGAGUGGGUUGAGCUUCAGCCUCAGACACAGACUAAAGCCUGGCAAGUUCCCAGUGAGUCCAAACCUUCAGAGAGCGAUGUCAGCCCAACACAGAAUGUCCAGAGAGAUGAAUGGAUGACUUUUGACUUCCUGGCAAUGAAGACUACAUCCACUGCUGAUAGAAGGGCUGAGAAAGAACGUCAGAAAGAGGAAGAGAGAGCCAAGGCUCAGGCCAUUGAACAGGCUGGUUUGCACAAAUUAGAGCUAAACCCAUACUGGAAAGAUGGAGGAACUGGACUGCCCCCAGAGGAGAUGACUGAUUCUGCAGCAAAAAAAGGCCCAGUAGUGAAUGAUGGUGGUCUGAGCUGGCUGAGGAAAAGCUACCAGAGGAUGAAGGAGCAGGCAGAGAGGGAACAGCGCAGCCUCAGUGAUGUGGUGGCUGAGAGAUACGGAUCAAUGGAAGAAUUUCAGCAGAGACUUGAUGAGGCUGAAGAAGCUAUGUACGACCAGAAGAGAAGAGAAGGAGAUGGCACAAGCAGAGGCGGGUGGAGGAAAGGAGAAGAGGAGUACAGGGAGAGGUGGAAGAGAAAGGAUGAGGACGGGGAAGACAGAGAUCGGUGGAGAAAAAAUGAAAAGGACAAGGAAUCGUCAUCGGAAAGCCGAGAAAGAUACCACGGUGGAAGGGGAGGGUAUAGAGGAAGAGAGGAGGAGCGAGGUCGAGAUGGAGACAGGUAUAGAGAAAAUGAAAAGGAUAGAGAAAGGAACAGGAAUAGAGGCAGAGAAGGAGAGAGGGACAGGGAUAGAGGACGAGGCAGAGAUGCAGGCAGAGAGAAAGAUGGGGAUAGGUGUAGGGAUGGAGGAAGCGAAAAAGGUAGGACCGAUGCAGCAGCAUCAUCUUCUGGGCAAAGCUGGAAUCAACACUCCCUUACGCUUGGAUCAUUGCAAGGCCGCUUCCUCAAACCCUCAGAAGAUGAUGACAGUGGUGAAACUCCUCAGCGUCUUCCUCCUCCUGCACGACCAUCCAAAGGGUUCCUGAAACCCAGCUCUGAUGAUGAAGACUCCAGCAGAGCUCCAGCCUGGAAGAAGAGCAGCAGUCCUGCCUGUGAAUCUGACACCUCUGAUAAACCACAACAGGAAAACAAGAGAGAUGCUGAGAAGACUGUAACUGUUCCUCAACCUGCUGCACCACCAAGGGCUGAGAGCGAAGGCGAGGAAGAAGAAGAAGAGGAGGAGGAAGAGGUUCCACUGUUGUCAGAGGAGGAGCUGAACAAACUAGGGUCCAAGCUAAUAAAGGCAGAGAUCAUGGGCAAUACGGCCGUCAUUGAGAAGCUGAAAUCACAACUGGAAGCAGCUCAUAAAGCCAAAGAGAAACAUGCUGCCAGGAAGAAGCUACAAGAAGCAGCCAAAUCAAACCAGGCCUCAGAUGGGACCAGUGAAGACCGGGAAAUCCUGCUGUUCAGAACAGACGAGUCAGGUCGGGCCUGGCCUGUCAAUGCCCCAUCUGGACCUCAGGAACCGCACGGAGGACGGCGAAAGAAGAAACAGAUCGAGACGCAUGUUGACGGUGAGCGUGUCCGUUACUUCCAAGAUGAUGACAAUGUCGGUCUAAAGGAGAUGGUGAGAAGGGAGAAGAUGAGCUCUGCACAGGAUCAGAAUGCCCUUUACUCUCGUAUGGCUGCCAAGAUGAUGGGGAAGACGGACGGCGACAACUACACGCUGGACGACAUGUUUGUGUCGAGCGCAGCGCAGCGGGAGGGUGAGGGGAGGGAGGAGGAGAGGAUGAGGAACAAAGCCAUCGGGGAGAGUAGGAGGCUGGCUGCCUCCAUGGAGAAAUGCCAGCACUGUUUCAGCAGCAAAGAGCUCCAGAAACACCUUAUAGUGGCGAUAGGAAGCAAGGUGUACCUAAGCCUGCCUGCAGGAGUGUCGAUGACAGAGGGCCACUGUCUCAUCUGUCCACUCCAGCAUCACUGCUCUGCCACCGGCAUGGAUGAGGAUAUAUGGUCAGAAAUGCAGCUGUUCCGACGUACUUUGGUGCGGAUGUUCGAGGCCCAGGAGCUGGACUGUGUGUUCAUGGAAACGCACAUGAAUCCCCGCAGGAGACAGCACAUGGUGUUAGAGUGUAUCCCACUACCCAAAGAGCUGGGAGAUAUGGCACCUAUCUAUUUUAAGAAAGCUAUCAUGGAGUGUGAUGAGGAAUGGGCCAUGAACAAGAAGGUUGUCGACCUCUCUUCGAAAAGCAUUCGGCAAGCUGUUCCUCGGAGUCUGCCAUACUUUGCCGUAGACUUUGGACUCCAGGGGGGCUUUGCUCAUGUCAUUGAAAACGAACAGAAGUUCCCUCAUUACUUUGGCAAGGAAGUUGUAGGAGGCAUGCUGGACUUGGAGCCUCGGCGUUGGAGAAAGAUGAUUAAAGAAAAUUUUGAUGACCAGAGGAAGAAAGUGUUACAGUUUGCACAGUGGUGGAAACCACAUGACUGCACCAAGACUCAGGGCUAGAAAAAUUCUGUUUUAUUGUUUUGUUGUACUUCUUACACAAACCACCAUGUGCUUCCCAGUGCAGGGAUCGCAUUUGAUGAACCUGGUGUAGAGUCCCAAUUUGGAAUUUAACAUAAAUGUGCUACUAGCAAUGUUACCAUGAGAUAAUUUUCACUGAAAUAAAAAUAAAAGGACAAAUGAA